AUGGUGGAAGACUCAGAAGGCCUGAAAAACUCUGGAAGUCAGAGAAUAUGGACAGAAACACCCAUCAGGAGAGAGAACAGAUUUAUUGAUGCAGUGCUGAGCUACCUCAUGGGUCCAAGAUUUCUGGUUUAUGCAAGCUGUGCACUUUCUAUAUGGGGAGAUCGAAUGUGGCACUUUGCUAUGUCUGUAUUCCUGAUAGAAUUGUAUGGACAUAAUCUCCUUUUAACAGCUGUUUUUGGGUUAGUGGUGGCUGGCUCAGUACUUGUGUUUGGGGCCUUAAUUGGAGAUUGGAUUGAUAGAAAACCAAGAAACAAAGUUGCUCAUGCAUCGCUGUUCAUUCAGAACUCGUCUGUCACUGCCUGCUGCGUAGUACUGAUGUUGGUGUUCUCUUACAAAGCCGAGAUUGAGCAAAUGUGGCACGGCUGGUUUACUGUGUUCUGUUAUGCAGUGGUAAUCAUCUUAGCCGAUCUGGCAAACCUGGCAAGCACAGCGCUGACGAUAACCAUUCAGAAAGACUGGAUUGUGGUCAUCACAGGUGAUAACAGAGGCCAACUGGCUGGAAUGAAUGCAGCUAUAAGAAGAAUGGAUCAAGUCAUAAAUAUCUUCGCUCCUCUGUCUGUGGGGCAGGUUAUGACUUGGGCCUCUAAUGUCAUUGGCUGUGGAUUUAUUCUUGGAUGGAACUUGAUCUCUCUUCUGGUAGAAUUUAUAUUCCUAUCCAGGGUGUAUCAACUAGUGCCUCCUUUGGCUGUAAAAUCUCAACAGAAUGCAGGAGAAUAUGUUAUAGAAAGACAAAUGGAACUUACAAAUGUGCCGGGUAAGUAGUAUUCAAUAGGAGAACAGCCUCCCACCAACAUUUAAAAAAUGUAUUAUUAUGAAAUACUGGCUUACAUCCAAAAUGUUGAAUUACACAUCAAAUCAUUAGAGUACUAAAGGAUAUCCAACGAGUCAUUCCACAGAAACUGCAUGAAGAUAAUAAAAUUACUAUCAAAAGAAAAGACAAAAGCCAAGUAGCAAAUAUGCGGGGGUCAAUUCUCCAAAUCCUUGUACUAGGGUGAUUUACAUACACAACUCUCAAUGGCGUUAAGGGGAGUUAUUGGUGGAAAUCUUUCAUGUGGGUGUGAGAAUAGCAGAGCCUCCAUUGUUUAAUACCUUGCCAGGCAGAUUUAAAGACUGUUUAAUGAAUCCAUCUGUCUGCAUUAUGUACUCCUUGGUAUAGAGCACUAUCCUGCAGCACGUCACUGAACCACGAUAUCUGAUACUCAUUUAGAAUGAUGGUUGUCAUAGCAAUUCAAGAUGCUAAAAGAAAAGAAGUCAGUGAAGAAUGGUUUAAUGCAUGUAAUCCCUAAUAUUCAGUUUAUUUUUGCUACUCUCUUUAAAAGAGUAUUAUAUCCCCAUUGACCAUCUUCCUGUUUUAGUGGUUCUCCACGGGGUCAAUUCCUGCCUCAUUGCACAUGGCCAUCUCCUACUAAUGACAAUGGAAAUUAUGCAUUAGUACUGUUGCCCAUUUUUGACCUGAACCACUCAUCAAAGUUUGGGGCCCUUCAGAUGUUCUAGUUGGAGGGAGAAAUUGGUGAUAGGUAUGCAGUUUUGCUUAUAUGCAAAGUCCUGUGUUUCUUUACAAAGUAACAAAAGGAUCAGUUUCUUAACUUACAGAGUUCAAGUCACUUUAGCCAACACCCAACCCCAAAGCACUCUCUCUAGCUUCUUCCAGGGUCACACUGUGCUUACAGCCUCCUGCUUGGCUUUUCUUGCCUUUCUUCCUCUGCCUCUCUCUGUUCUUGUCUGCCAUAUCAAUCAUUUCAAUAGCAGUGUUUUUUCUCACACUCUCAUACACACGUACCCAAAACAAGACUCAGCCCAAAAGCUCCUCAGCAGGUUCACACACACCUUUUGUUUUCGGUGGGGCUUAUGUUUACAGUGAUGUUAAUUGAAGAGUGAGUUCACACCUAUCAACCUCAGUGGGGUUUUAACCCAACCCAUAACAAGGUUUCACCAAACUCAUCCCAGGAGACUAGAUCACUUAUGACAACAAGACAACUACUCUGACAUUGACCUUACUCCCUGGAGCCAGAGGUGAAAGUACGCCGGUACGGCAUACUGGCAAGAGCCAGUACACUGUGCCGGACCAGACCGGCUGGUGAUUUAAAGGGCCCGGGGCUCCCCGCAGCGGCCGGAGCCCCGGGCUCUUUAAAUCACCUCCUGAGCCCUGCUGCCAGAGCCCUGGGGUAGCGGCGGUAGGGCUCUGGCGGUGAUUUAAAGGGCCCAGGGCUCCGGCC